CUUCAAAAUUCAGGGGCUAUAUGGUACAUGCGAAAAAAAAUUCUAAUUAGGUGCUUGAGUUUACAGUAGAACAUUCCUUUGCCUUCUGCAACUUCAACUCCCAUUCAUGGCUAGGGCUCCACCAACCAAGCACGGACGUGACGAACCUCUGGAUUUCCAGGGGAUUUUGAGUGACUUGCAGGAUUGGGAGCUUUCGUUUAAGGACAAGGACAAGAAAAUGAAACCACAGGAUUCUCGUAAGGAACUAUCGGUUUCAUCUUCCAAGAAGACUGAAAUGGAUGGUAAAGACAGGAAACCAGCUGGGCAUUCCUCUACAAUGGACUAUUUAAGUAGCUCAACGCCAUAUGAUUACUUGAGGAACUAUGAUACGAUUACCAGACUGCCGAAUAGCUCCAUAUCUGAUGAUAGUUUUGCUGAUGCUGCUUCAGAGAAGGAAUCGGGUAAUGAGUAUUUUAAGCAGAAGAAGUUUACGGAAGCUAUUGACUGUUAUUCUAGAAGCAUUGCAUUGUCACCAACAGCAGUAGCUUAUGCAAACAGGGCUAUGGCAUAUCUGAAGGUCAAAAGAUUCCAGGAUGCUGAGGAUGACUGCACAGAGGCCUUGAAUAUGGAUGAUCGUUACAUUAAAGCAUAUUCGCGGCGAGCAACAGCUAGAAAAGAACUUGGAAAACUUAAAGAAUGUCUUGAGGAUGCGGAGUUUGCCUUGCGGUUGGAGCCUCAAAAUCAAGAAAUCAAGAAACAGUAUACUGAGGCCAAGUCAUUAUAUGAGAAAUUAAUUCUUCAUAAGACUUCCACAGCACUGGGGAAUACUAUAGAAAAGAUGCAGAAAGUAGAAAAGAAAGAUGCCAAAGUAAACAAUCAUAUAGUGCAACCUGUAACAAGUAUUACUCAAAAGACAGAGAAGCCUGUGUCUCAAGAUUACAUCAAGCCUGUCACAAGUACUAUUCAGAAGACAGAAGUGUCUGAGGCUCAAGACUACACCAAGAGAAAACAAGUAGCUAGCAAGCAAGAGCUGAGGGAAUCAGUGCAAGAGCUCGCAUCUCGAGUUGCUUCCAAAGUCAUGGUUGAAACAGCGAAAGACAUAUCACCCCCUACUUCUGCUUAUCAAUUUGAGGUUUCUUGGCGAAGGCUUUGUGGCGAUUGUGCUUUACAGGCUAGUCUCUUGAAGGCUAUAUCUCCUGAAGCUUUACCUCAGAUAUUCAAGAAUGCUUUGACUGUUCCAGUUCUAGUGGACAUUGUCAAGUGCAUUGCAUCCUUUUUCAGAGAAGAAAUGGAUCUAGCAGUAAGUUUUUUGGAGAACUUAACCAAGGUCCCAAGAUUCAACAUACUUGUCAUGUGUCUUACAUCCACAGACAAAUCAGAUCUUUUUAAGAUAUGGAACGAGGUAUUUAGUAGUGAGGCAACACCACUCGAGUAUGCAGAGAAGCUAGAUAGCAUGCGUUCGAAGUACUGCAUCAAGAAAUAAACAUGCAAUGCUGGGUAGAUGUUUUGAGUUCGCCAUUUUCGCUUAGCCUUAUCUCUAUGUAAAUCAUUUUGAGUUGCCUAGUGGUGGAGGCUGUGAUCUGAAGUCAUUGAAGCUAACAAAUGAUUCUACAUACACUGUAAGAUCCAGUAUAAGUGAAAUCCAUACUCAGUAUUUUAUUAUUUUGGUGGUUCUACCAUUCUAUACAAGUCGUAUCCCAAGAAAUGAACAGAAAGGGAUUAAUUCUAUAAUGAUAGUGCAAUCUAAUCAUGUUUAUC